ACCCAGAGCAAAUAGCUGUUAUUGUGAAGCCAGAGUAAAUAACUGUUGUUGUGAAGCCAGGGUAAGUGAUUACUGACGUGUAUGCAGGACAGGUAAUUACUGUUAUAAAACAAGGUUAAAUAAGUUUUGUUGUGAGCCAGAGCAUAUGACUGUUCUUGUUAAGCCAGAGUAAAUAACUGUUGUUGUGAAGCCAGGGUAAGUGAUUGCUGACGUGUAUGCAGGACAGGUAAUUACUGUUAUAAAACAAGGUUAAAUAAGUUUUGUUGUGAGCCAGAGCAUAUGACUGUUCUUGUUAAGCCAGAGCAAAUGGCUUUUGUUGUGAAGCCAGUGGAAAUGACUGUUAUUGUGAAGCCAAGGUAAAUGACUUUGAAUGUGAAGUUGGGACAGAUGACUGUCGGUUCCUUAGGAACGUGAAUGGAAAAAAUAGCUUUGUAAAUGAAUGCAUACAGUUAUUUAACAGCAUACAGUCCCUUGCAUGAGCUUCAUUGUAAGGCUACCCUUACAAAAAAUAAAUAAAAAUAGAUUGACUAACUGAACUGUUACUCUUAAUGUUUGGCGUUCUAAAACUACGACAAUGACGCACGUCAAAUUCGGUUGGAUUAAACUAGACAUGCAUGUCGUUAGCAGAUAAUGUAUAAUGAAUUUGAAUUAGGCAUAAUCGGUCUCUGAUUAAAGAAACCUGUCUGACAUCUGCCCUUACUGCAGCUGAAUCUUGUGAUUUUUUUCUUCUGUUAUUAUAGAUGGACAUCAUUCAAGAGACAGGUGGCCAAGGUCAAGUACCUCUUCCACCCAACACCAUGAACAAACACCACCGGUUUCCCCCAAUGCAGGCAUAAUCAGGCCUUCUUCUCUUGCCGUCCCCGUAAUCCAAACACCUGUCACGUCGAAAGCUUCUCUAAAGAAUCCUGUCACGGGUGGAACGAACGACGAAUCUCCAGCCCAGGGCAUUUUGACUCCUACUUCGUUUCGGUGGCAAGAUGAGUGCUCCACAGCAUCGACACAGGCCCUGAAGUGUCCUAACACCGAGGCCCGGCCAACGUCUGAAGUCCAAGCUUGGUCGCGCUCUCCUGAACGACGACAUUCCCCAGUCUUCAACGAUCAUGAAGUUUCGCGACUGUCCGAUGAGGAUCCUCCAUCUCCUACAGAUAGCAGUCACUCCAUGGAUUCUCUCAAAGUACGUCUGUCUCUCUUACAACAAAGGCUUGGCUGGUCUUGUGAUGUGCCGGUGGAGUUUGUCAAUGGUGGCCAUGGGAUAAAAAAUCCGUUCGUUCAAAAAAGUCAGCUAACUGUGGAGGAAGAGCAACAGGAUUUCAAGCUUUCAGAAAAGCCAUGUGUAUUGACAUCUACACAGGAGGAUAACAGCCGGCUAGCUUGUAAAGUCUGCGGGAAGGCGUUCAGUCUCCAGAGAUUGUUGAACCGACACAUGAAAAGCCACAGUAAUGUCAAGCGGUUUCUCUGUACGUUUUGCGGGAAAGGCUUCAAUGAUACAUUUGACCUGAAGAGACACACCCGUACACACACAGGUGUCCGACCUUACAGAUGCGCGCUGUGCGAAAAGUCGUUCACUCAGCGCUGUUCUCUGGAAUCGCACACUUUGAAAGUACAUGGAAUACAACACAAGUACGGUUACAAAGAGCGGAGGACCAAGGUAUACGUGUGUGAGGAGUGUGGCCACAUCACGAGCGACCCGGAAGUCCAUUACGUUCAUUUGAAAGACAACCACCCAUAUAGCCCGGCUCUCCUCAAGUUCUAUGAUAAGCGUCAUUUCAAAUUUCCUGACGGUGUAUUCCCAAUUGGUCUAAUGCGCAUGCACUCCUAGAGAACACUGAAAUUCGAAAGCUAAAUGCCUCUCUUUGUUGUUUAAAGGUUGGGAAAUUAUUUUUAAAACCGGAAAUAAUUUUGUCGAGUUGAAAACAAGAAAAAUCAUGUAUAUUCGAAUAACCAAUAUUGUACAAAGGUAUAGACUGUGAUAAUUUUUUUAAAGAAUCAGGUAAUCAGCAUUACUUGUGUGAUCAAUAUGUUUACAUUUUAACAAGGUAUAUAACAUCGUUUUGUAAAUAAUCGGAAAUCUACUCAGCUUUAAGUACACGUGU